AUGUCUGAAUCCCGAUUAUAUUCCUUCUCCCCAGAGACGAAGGAGCAACUACGCAAGUUCCGUCUCGGCACGUCUCGAGCUAAAGAUCCGAAAGCUAUUAUUUACACAAUCGACAGCAAAAACCAAGAAAUCCGUCCCGAAGAUGGCGAAGUCUACACGAAAAUGGAAGACCUAGUCGAUGAACUCCCCGAGUCUUCGCCGCGGUUUGUUCUUCUUAGUUAUCCGUUGACUUUGGCCUCCGGCCGUCUCGCAGUCCCCUACGUCCUUCUAUACUACCUCCCCGUGAACUGCAACCCAACCGCACGCAUGAUGUACGCCGGCGCCGUCGAGCUGAUGCGGAAUGUGGCCGAGGUGAACCGCGUGAUUGAGGUGGUGGACGAGGACGAGAUCAUUGGGAUUGAGGCGAAGUUGCAGAGUGAGGAUUAG